AUUCGCAUUAUAUUCUCUUAACAGGCCUCUUCGUUUAAAAAACGACAACGUAUUCUCCCCUUCUUUCUCCUUCUUCGUCUUCGUCUUCGUCCUCCGCAAUCUCUCGGAGUUCAAAUUCUCCGAUUCCAACAGGGAAGGGACGGAAAGAAUUGCAAACUCUUUUAAGAAUGCAGACAGUGAUGGCAAGUGAACAAUAUGACACUGUUUGUAAAGUUGAUGAGCCCACCACAAGUGCUCAUUAUGAUAAUUCUUCAAACCAAGGUGGCUCUACCACAAGUGGGCUUGUUUGUGAUCCAAGUAUAGAUAGUGAAAGCAAUGAAGUUUGCAAACCUAAUGACGCUGCCAGUAACACACAUAAUAUUCCAUAUAUUUAUCGGCAAGAUGUUGUGAAGAGCAAUCGCAGCAGUAUGAUUGGGAUAGUGACUGAAGUUGCUGGUGACACAGAUUCGGAUAGCAGCAUCACUGAUGAUGAGGAUGACGACGGUGAUGACGGUGAUGACGGCGAUGAUGAUGGUGGUGGUGAAAAUGAGGAAGAAGGUGGUGAUGGAAAUGGCAAUGGCAAUGGCAAUGGUGAUGGCGAUUGGAAUAGAGGUGGUGGUAAGAGUACUUCUCUUCCAGCAGACCAGCUUCGAGUACUUUGGAUGGAUGAAACUGAGUUGGCCGAGAAUGUUAAUGAUGUAACGGUUCUUGAUCGUGGAUUCUUACAUGGGGAUUAUGUUGCUGCUUCUUCGGAUCCAACUGGGCAAGUGGGUGUUGUGGUGGAUGUGAAUAUCUAUGUUGAUUUGUUAGCUCCUGAUCGAUCCAUCAUAAAAUAUGUUUCAUCCAAAGACUUGAAACGCAUAAGGGAUUUCACUGUGGGUGACUAUGUGGUCCUUGGUCCUUGGCUAGGUAGAAUUGAUGAUGUUUUAGAUAAUGUGACUGUGUUGUUUGAUGAUGGUUCUGUGUGUAAAGUUCCAAAAGCUGAGCCACUGCGUCUAAAACCAAUUUCAAAGAAUAUCCUUGAAGAUGGUCAUUUUCCUUACUAUCCUGGCCAGCGCGUAAGAGCCAGUUCUUCAUCAGUUUUCAAGAAUUCCAGGUGGCUAUCGGGCUUGUGGAAAGCUAAUCGGUUGGAAGGUACUGUUACAAAGGUUACAGUUGGAUCAGUAUUUAUUUAUUGGAUAGCAUCUGCUGGCUAUGGACCAGAUUCUUCGACUGCUCCCGCUGAAGAGCAGAGUCCAAAGAACUUAAAACUCUUGUCUUGUUUUGCACAUGCCAAUUGGAAAUUGGGUGACUGGUGUCUUCUUCCCUCAUCGGCACUUUCAUCCUCCGUUCGGUCAGACAAUGGAUUACCAAAAUCAGAACUUCAUGAUUCGAUCAACAGCGAAUUAGAUUCUACUCAAAUGGGAAGCGGGUGUGAUUCUGAAGAGGUUUCAUUGGAGGAAUCAAAUGAAAAUAAUGAAUCCAUGGAUCUUGACCCUGUUGCUGCUGUGGAUGGAAGUGAUAGAAAUGUUCAAGUUGAUGAGCCUGAGUUUAGCUCUUGUGGUAGUUCAUUGUCAGUUUCUAAGGAUCCUGUCCAUGAAUCUUUGCCUCUUCAUCGCAAGAAGAUCCGAAAAGUUGUGGUUAGGAGGGACAAGAAAGCUCGAAGGAAAGAGGAAAGUUUUGAAAGAGCCCUUUCAAUUGUCAAUACUAGGACAAAGGUUGAUGUGGCAUGGCAGGAUGGAACAACAGGAUGUGGGCUGGAUUCAACGAGUUUGAUUCCAAUUGAUAGUCCAGGUGAUCAUGAAUUUGUUGCCGAGCAGUAUGUCGUGGAGAAGGCCUCUGAUGAUGGUGAUGAUGCUGGUGAAGGCAGGCGUGUCGGGGUUGUGAAAAGUGUUAAUGCCAAGGAGCGAACAGCUUGUGUGAGGUGGUUAAAGCCGGUUGCCCGGGCAGAAGAUCCUCGAGAGUUUGACAAGGAGGAAGUAGUAAGCGUGUAUGAGUUGGAGGGACAUUCGGAUUAUGAUUACUGCUAUGGGGAUGUUGUUGUUCGGUUGUCUCCAGUUUCUAUUUCUGUAGAAACAGCUAAUUGUGUGGAUUCUAUUGAGGAACCGAAACAGCAAAAUGGACCAAAUGAGGUGAAACGGGAUAUGAAAAAGCGCUCAGGGGGUAAAAAAGUGGAUGAUGCAUCUGGAAAUAAAGCUUCUGAUGGCUUCUCAGAUCUCUCUUGGGUUGGGCAUAUAACUGGCCUUAGGAAUGGUGAUAUUGAAGUUACAUGGGCUGAUGGGAUGGUUUCAACGGUUGGACCUCAAGCAAUAUACGUUGUUGGUCGAGAUGAUGAUGAUGAAUCAAUUGCUGCUGGGAGUGAAGUUAGUGACGAUGCUGCUAGUUGGGAAACGGUUAAUGAUGAUGAGAUGGACACCCUUGAGAAUGCUCAAGAGGAAGAUGGGUUGCAGAAUGCCAACUACAUAAAUUCUGACCCAGAAGAAAGUGGAGAGAAUUCUGGCAGAAAUUCAGCACUGGCAGUUCCCUUGGCUGCAUUUCGGUUUGUUACAAGACUGGCCACUGGAAUGUUCUCACGAGCACAAAAGAAUUUAGAUCCAAGCUGUUUGGAUUCCAAAGUUGAAAAUGAGCUUGAAUCCCAGCAGAUGACAAAAAUUUCUGAGGGAAAAGAUUCUAGUGAUGAGUCUAGCUCUCAGAAAUCAAAAUUCACUGAUUGUUGUGGUAGGGAAACUAAAGAAGAGGUUGUCCCUGAGGCCCAAGAAUUGCUUGAAGCAGCGGAAGCUUUAUGCAACUUGAGGACUGAAGAAUCAAAUGCUCCAGCAUGUUCAGGGGGUGACACUUGCAGUUUCAAACACUUCGAUAUAGCUAAAGAUCCCUUGGACCAUUAUUUCCUUGGUGCAUAUGGACAGAAUAACAAUGGAAGAAGGUGGUUUAAGAAGGUUCAACAAGAUUGGAGCAUCCUUCAGAAUAAUCUCCCUGACACAAUCUAUGUACGAGUUUAUGAAGAUCGAAUGGAUCUCUUCAGGGCAGUUAUAGUUGGGGCAUAUGGGACGCCUUACCAAGAUGGCCUCUUCUUCUUUGAUUUUCACCUUCCACCAGAAUACCCGGAUGUUCCACCUACAGCAUACUAUCAUUCUGGCGGCUGGCGGAUUAAUCCAAAUUUAUAUGAGGAAGGCAAGGUGUGCCUUAGCCUUUUAAAUACUUGGACUGGCAAAGGAAAUGAAGUUUGGGAUCCAAAGUCUUCUAGCAUCCUCCAAGUGCUUGUUUCACUCCAGGGGUUAGUGCUAAAUUCUAAGCCAUAUUUUAAUGAAGCUGGGUAUGACAAGCAGAUUGGGACAGCUGAAGGAGAGAAAAAUUCAUUGUCAUACAACGAGAAUACUUUCUUGCUAAACUGCAAGACAAUGAUGUAUCUUAUGAGGAAGCUCCCCAAGGACUUUGAAGAGCUUGUGAAAGACCAUUUCAGGAAGCGUGGUUAUUACAUCCUUAAGGCCUGUGAUGCAUAUAUGAAAGGUUACUUAAUAGGCUCUCUCACUGAGGAUGCCUCUGUGAGUGAUAAGAGCAAUUCCAGUUCAACCUCAGUUGGUUUCAAGCUAAUGUUGGCAAAGAUAGUGCCCAAACUUUUCUUGGCACUCAACGCAGUUGGAGCAGAUUGUCAAGAAUUUAAGCAUCUGCAACAGUCUUAGUGUAUUUGGAGGGUCAACCUCCCCCAACAUCUUGGUCAAGUCAACAAGGUCAGUCUUUGAUUCAUUGCUCCAGCUACCCAUCAUCAAUGUAAAGGCUUUCCAUGCUUUAUGAAUUGUUUCAUUUAUGUAACUUGUGAUCUUAAACGUUUUAUAUCUUGUUUGAAAGCCUUCUCUAUUUUUUGGGAACUAGGGAUUUUGGAGCAAAAUUGCUGGUUCUCCUAUUUUUUCAUUAAUGAAACUUUUCAUCAGCUAACACAGCAUAUUGGGAAUGA